AUCACACAUAAUUUUAAGUGUUCCAUGGAGCUAGUUACAUCUCUAUGUAUAACACUAACAUAAACAAUGUGAUAGAGUGAAGACAUAACAGAGAAGAGUGAACAUAAGCAAGGAGACAAACUGAAUCACAAUGCUGAAUCUUUCAGCCCGCACACGAAACUCACAGCUUACAGAUGAGGUCAGUAAGUCGAGAACUCUGAAAGAACUACUAGAAUACAGAGAAAAGAUAACAAACUUUUGUGAGUUCGCUCCGUUGCCAUUAUACGACAAGAAAUACCCAAUAGCAGACGGCGAUGCUUUUGCAGUCGAUUUCAUUCUAGCACAGGAUACUUCCAAGACAAUGCUGGGCAUUCAACAAGACACCGCAGUUAGUGGGCAGUUAACCUUCGAAAGAUCAUCAUAUCAAAUGUUCCCUGUAAUCGAGUCAUUGGAGACAGAAAGAGUAGAUGCAGACACGAGAGCUACAAAAGACGUAGAGGUUGUUUCUUUGGUACGGCAUUUUGAAGAUCCUGGAGAGCUGAUUGCUGAAGAUGCAGACAAAAUUGCAGUUACAAUAGUGGAAACAAAUACAGCCUUCUUGCUGACCUUGCAGAGUGCCACAGAGCUGCGGGGCAGCGAGGAAGGGGAUCUCGUGGAGUGCGCCAACGAGCGCUACAGGAGUCUGAAGGAACAGAACAGAAUGCUGAUUUCAGCCGAAACACAGACUCACACCGUCAGAAAAACGACGGAGGGCGUCUUGACGGACGCGAUAGGAACGAAGGAUGAGGAACAACACGUGACGAUAUGGAAAAUAUACGACGCGUACGCAUCUGAUGCCGCGUCCGCACCGGAAAAGGAAACGUCGGCUACGACACACCCCGCAGUUCUGGGAAGCUGGGACGCACUGCCGUCUCUGGAGGUGCCGUUCACCACUCCAGAGGAGCAGUUUCAAAGGAUAGUGCGAACGAAAGGUUUCCAGACGGCCCUGACGAGGAUGGAGCACGUCCUCGCCAUGAACGUGUUCAGCCAGCAGCAGGAGCAGUUCAAGCGAGGCCAGAGGCGCGAGCUGUCCGUCAUGUACAACUACCGGCUGCAACUGCUGUGGACGUUCCGCACCCGCGAGCAGAAGGGGCGGACCGUGACGUGCAUGAGUUGGAACCCCGUCAACGACAACCUGCUGGCGGUCGGCUACGGCAAGUUCUACUACACCGAACGGAUCACUGGCAUGGUGUGCUGCUGGAGCGCCAUGAACCCCAUCAACCCUCAAAGGAGCUACAAGUUCCAGACUCCGGUUACUGCUCUUAACUUUUCAACGAGCCACCCCAAUCUGCUCGCGGUGGGCCUGUACGACGGUACCGUUCUCGUCCUGGACGUUGCGGCACCGGACGACUCCGUGCGUUCCCACAGCACGCGCGAGACGUCACCCUCAUACCAGCCAAUCUGGCAUGUGCAGUGGCUUGAGGAUGAGUCAUCCACGUAUGCCAAGAUCCUGGCGGGCUGCGGGGACGGGCGCGUGUGCGAGUACGCGAUGGCGGGCGCCAACCUCAUCUGCGUGGAGAGGAUGCGCGUGCAGAGGAUGGAGGGCAAGGUGAAGGGCAUCGAGCAUCCCCGCCCCUGCCAGCCGCUGGACAUCCCCGUGUUCCGGCACGCGGCCGCCCUCGUUCUCACCAGGCAUCCGGGCGACCCCAGGGUGUACCUGGUGGGCACGGACGAGGGCAGCGUGCACAGGUGCUCGCUGAGCGACCACCACCAGUCGCUGGGGGUGUUCCUGGCCCACCUGGGCCCCGUGUACUCCCUGCAGUUCAGCCCGUUCGACGGCAAGCUGCUGCUGUCGUGCGGGGCGGACGCCAGGCUGCGGGUGUGGGGCGAGGGCUGCUCGGAGCCGGUGCUCGCCCUGUCGGCCUGCAACGAGCCAGUGCUGUUGGCCACUCGCAGGGGGCGGCGUGGAGCCCCAGCCACUCGACGGUCGUGGCCUCCAUCGACCCCAGCCACGUGUACCUGUGGGACCUCCAGCGACGCACCUGCAGCCCCAUGUCCACGGAGACGGCGGCCGACGAGGCCUCCAACACGGCGGUGGCGUUCAGCGCGUCGGGGCUUAACCUGGUGGUGGGGGACAGCCAGGGCUACGUCCGCGUGUACUCCCUCACCGACAUGCCCCCGGCGCCCUUCCGGCAGGCCAGGGCGCUGCGGCGCUCCCUGCGCAAGGCGCUCGUGACCCAGCCUCAGGCGCUGGAGCGGCUCGAGGCCCUGUGACUGCUCCGGCCCUCGCUUCGAACUCUCUCACGCCUUUUACACACAUGACAUGCAACCAAGAUCAAACAAUCGUGUGAACACACCCAAAUUUUAUGUGUAAAUAAAUGUUAUCAUAAACAUCUUCAAGGUACGUAUUUUAAAUUCAUUUUAUUCAGUAGACUUGUUUGACCUUCAAACACACCCUCUCAGGUCAUUCGGGUCAUGCCAUCAAUGCUGCUUCUCUCAAGGAAGAGCUGUGAGGAUAAGUCAUCUGCUGGGUGUUUUUGUACGGUCGUCUACUCCUGUGUUGUUUGUAAUGCUUGCAGUUUAUUGUGAUUUUUGUAAUAAUGAAUAAAGAAUUUUCGUUAACAUG